AUGGAGCAGUGUGUGUUCAAUGGUGAUCAAGGGCCAUCCAAAAGAAUGAGUCAGAACCACAGAAGAAACCUCCAUGACAGAAGCAGAACUCAAGUGGAGAUCCUUCAAACUAGCAGAAUUGCAAGAAAAGCUUUCUUGUCGGUAGCUAGCAUCAGUACAGUGGUUUCUCUUUUCAGGAGGCUUCAAGCUCACUGGCACAGGCUGAGCCACCCUAAAGCCGCACAGCAGUGCGAGCACAGGGCAGCACCCGUGCAGCUGCAGCGUCCCCCUCGGGUGCUCAGGGGCAGCGCUGAGGGUCCCGUAGAGCAGAAAGGCCUUGGGUACCCACCAUGCAUGUCCUUCACUCCAUCUGCUUCGCAGCCUGAUAUGCCAGGUAGCCCACACAACCAGUUCACCUUCAGACCCCUCCCGCCGCCGCCUCCACCUCCGCACGCGUGCACCUGCGCCAGAAAGCCCCCUCCGGCAGCCGAUUCUCUCCAGAGGAGGUCGAUGACCACUCGCAGCCAGCCCAGCCCCGCUGCCCCAACUCCCCCCACCAGCACGCAAGACUCGGUGCAUCUCCAUAACAGCUGGGUCUUGAACAGCAACAUACCGCUGGAAACCAGGCAUUUCCUAUUUAAACAUGGAUCUGGGUCUUCAGCUAUCUUCAGCGCAGCCAGUCAGAACUAUCCUUUAACAUCCAAUACUGUUUACUCUCCACCUCCUAGGCCUCUUCCUAGAAGUACCUUCUCUAGACCUGCCUUCACUUUUAACAAACCUUACAGGUGUUGCAACUGGAAGUGCACUGCUCUGAGUGCCACUGCUAUUACGGUUACCCUGGCGUUGUUGCUAUCCUAUGUUAUCGCAGUACACUUGUUUGGUUUAACCUGGCAACUACAGCCUGUUGAGGGGCAGCUGUAUGAAAAUGGAGUUAGCAAAGGAAAUAAAGGAACAGAAUCCACGGAUACUACUUACUCACCAAUCGGAGGAAAAGCUUCCGAUAAAACAGAAAAAAAAGUGUUUCAGAAGGGACGGGCCAUCGACACAGGAGAAGUUGAGAUUGGAGCGCAAGUCAUGCAGACAAUCCCCCCUGGUUUAUUCUGGCGCUUUCAGAUUACUAUACAUCACCCCGUGUACCUGAAAUUUAACAUUUCACUGGCGAAGGAUUCUCUGUUGGGAAUUUAUGGCAGAAGAAACAUUCCACCUACUCACACUCAGUUUGAUUUUGUAAAACUGAUGGAUGGAAAACAGUUAAUUAAACAGGAACCAAAAAACUCAGAGGAGCCUCAGCAAGCUCCCAGGAAUCUGAUCUUAACUUCGCUGCAAGAGACAGGUUUCAUCGAGUACAUGGACCAAGGAGCUUGGCAUAUGGCAUUUUACAAUGACGGAAAGAAAGUGGAGCAAGUGUUUGUGCUAACUACAGCGAUCGAAAUCUUGGAUGACUGCUCUACCAAUUGCAAUGGGAACGGAGAAUGCAUCUCGGGACACUGCCACUGUUUCCCGGGAUUCCUCGGUCCUGAUUGUGCAAAAGAUUCCUGUCCAGUGCUGUGCAGUGGAAAUGGAGAAUAUGAGAAAGGUCACUGCGUGUGUCGAAAUGGGUGGAAAGGACCAGAGUGCGAUGUUCCAGAAGAGCAGUGUAUUGAUCCAACCUGCUUCGGCCAUGGUACUUGCAUCAUGGGCGUCUGCAUCUGCGUCCCUGGAUACAAAGGAGAGAUCUGUGAGGAAGAGGACUGCUUGGAUCCGAUGUGCUCCGGCCACGGUGUGUGUGUCCAAGGGGAAUGCCACUGCUCAGCGGGCUGGGGUGGAGUGAACUGCGAGACAUCGCUGCCCGUGUGCCAGGAGCAGUGCUCAGGGCACGGCACUUUCCUCCUGGACACAGGACUCUGCAGCUGUGAACCGCAGUGGACGGGUUCAGACUGUUCCACAG